CGCAUGCGUGGAGGAUAUGCGCUUUGCAGCAAAGUCCUCCUUUACUCCACACACGCUUCUAAGCCUCGGCACAUCUCCUCACAUCGCUACUAACUACACUUUAUUCAUCCUCCGUGUCAGGAUAAACUCCACUCGUCUCAGUCAACUUUGGACAUUAUUAGGCCCGCUUAGCUUGCUAGUUGUUUUAGCGCGCUAGUUAGCUCAGCAUGCUAGUUAGCUUAGCUUGUUAGCUGCUAACAAAGAGACGCGGAUUUGAUCAACACAUCGCUUAGUUAAGAUCAAGUGUGAGUGUAAAGUGUUGUGAUUGUGUGAAAAUGUGCGAGAGAACGAUAGCAGAGUACAAAGAGGAACUUUCUCGAACAAAAGAAGAGAACAAAAGACUACGUCAACUACUGGAGGCUGUUUUCAAGAAACAUCAAGUUGUGUUACACAGAACAGACGUCUGUGAAAAAUAUCGUCCACCUGAGCAGCAGGAGGGGUCCUCCAGUAUGGAGCAGAAGAGGUCACAGCACCUCCACGUGAAAGAAGAGGAGCCACAACCCCCCCACUUUAAAGAUGAAGAGGAAGAGUCACAGACUUCUCACAUUGAGAAUAUACAGUCCCUUCACGUAAAAGAGGAACCGGAGGAUCCGCAGCCCUCCUACGUCAAAGAGGAAGAAAAACAGCGGCUGUCCCCCCACUUCAUAGAGGAAGACAAGAGACACCUCAUCAGUGUGAAGAGUGAAGGUGAUGAGGUCAAAGGUGAGAGUGAGGAGAAGAGAGAGGCGGAGCCUCCAAGCAGCAGCUCAACUCAACACAUGACAACAGAAGCUGAUGGAGACCACUGUGGAGGAUCACAAGCAGACAAGCUCUUAGCUCCACUAUCAGAUAGUGAGGACACAACGUCACACUCUCCUGACACUGAUGAUGAAGACUCUAAAGAUGAUAAGACAUGUCACACUGACAACACACACUUCACAUGUUCUCACUGUGACAAAACUUUUAAUGACCGUUGUCAUCUGACAGAACAUAUUAGAACACACACCGGAGAGAAACCUUUUUCCUGCUCAGAAUGUGGUAGAAAUUUUAGACUAAAACACAUGCUGAAAGAACACAUGAGAAUACAUACUGGAGAAAAACCUUUUUCAUGUUCAAUCUGCGGUAAAGACUUUACUAAGAUGGGCAAUUUCAAAGUACACAUGAGAACACACACUGGAGAAAAAACUUUUUCAUGUUCAACAUGCGGGAAGAAUUUUUCUCGAUCGGACCAUUUCAAUGCACACAUGAGAAUACACACAGGAGAAAAACCUUUUUCAUGUUCAAUCUGCGGUAAAGACUUUACUCGAAGGAACAAUUUCAAAGCACACAUGAGAAUACACACUGGAGAAAAAACUUUUUCCUGCUCAGAAUGUGGUAAAAGUUUUGUAACAAAUGCAAAUUUAAAAUUACACAUGAGAACACACACUGGAGAAAAACCUUUUUCAUGUUCAACAUGCGGGAAGGAUUUUUCUCGAUCGGACCAUUUCAAUGCACACAUGAGAAUACACACUGGAGAAAAAACUUUUUCCUGCUCAGAAUGUGGUAAAAGUUUUGUAACAAAUGCAAAUUUAAAAUUACACAUGAGAACACACACUGGAGAAAAACCUUUUUCAUGUUCAACAUGCGGGAAGGAUUUUUCUCGAUCGGACCAUUUCAAUGCACACAUGAGAAUACACACAGGAGAAAAACCUUUUUCAUGUUCAAUCUGCGGUAAAGACUUUACUCGAAGGAACAAUUUCAAAGCACACAUGAGAAUACACACUGGAGAAAAAACUUUUUCCUGCUCAGAAUGUGGUAAAAGUUUUGUAACAAAUGCAAAUUUAAAAUUACACAUGAGAACACACACUGGAGAAAAACCUUUUUCAUGUUCAACAUGCGGGAAGGAUUUUUCUCGAUCGGACCAUUUCAAUGCACACAUGAGAAUACACACAGGAGAAAAACCUUUUUCAUGUUCAAUCUGCGGUAAAGAUUUUACUCAAGGGUCCAAUUUCAAAGCACACAUGAGAAAACACUCUGGUGAAAAACCAUACUCCUGUUCAAGCUGCAACAAAAGCUUUCGUUUCCAACAAUCUUGUACAGCACACAUGAGAACACACACAGGAGAGAAAGUGUUGAGUUGCAGUGUGUGUGGUGAAAGAUUCUCUUCUAAGUACCAGUGUAAGAAACACAAGUGUGCUGGUGAGAACAGCAGCAGCAAAUGAAGAUGCAGGAUUUGAAAUAAACUGUCAAAACUUUAACUUUGACUUUCUAACAACAUCAGCACAUAUAACAUGUGUGACAUCAUUGUUGUGUGUGUAACACAAUCUUGUUAUUAUGCUUAUAACAUACAUAGAGUAAAUACUUCAGAUUAGUGCUUUUAUUUCAGUCAAGUACAUGAGUUAAUAUACACAUUUGUGUACUUUAAAAUGAACAGAACAAUUUGACUGAAAAGGUGAGAAUAAACAGUACAUAAAAUAUGUUACAAGCAAUAAACAUUUUAUGUGUAGAUAUUCACAAUUCACUUGUAUACGUAUUCAUUAUAGUGUUUUAUAUAUGUUUUUUGAAAUAAUGAAGUGUUACAUAUUUUAUUUUCUAAUUCUAGAUGAUUCCAUAGAUGAACUCCUUUAUAUGAUAUACAUAUUUGUUUUGCAUGUGUUCAUACCUUUGCUUUUGAGUACACAUAAAUCCCUCUUAGUUCAUAUUUACUGGUUCACAUCUGAAACAUCUUCUGGACCACUUCUGGAAGCAUAUUAUUAUUUACUUUAUACAUCAUUUGAACAGUUGUCUUUUAUACAAGAUCAUUUACUUUUAAAAUGUGUGACUUUAUGAAUCAUUUGUUGGGUCUCUAUAAUCCAUUCUAUUAAUUAUCUUCAUUACUCUCUUUUGUAAUAUGAAUAUUGUUGUGUGAUUGUUUUAUAUGUAUGUCCC